AUGAAGCCGCUGUUCGCUCUCCUGAUAUCUUGGAUUGCAUACGCAGCGGCCGUAGGACCCGUAGGUAUAGGGGGAAUAGGAGGUUUUGGAGGUAAAGGUAUUCCGGGAUUGGCAGGAAUAGGUGGCAUAGGUGGUAAAGGUUUGUCAGGUAUCCCUUUUAUUGGGGGCAAAGGUAUAGGUGUUCCUCACAUUCCUCAUCUAGGUGCCGCAGCUGUUAAACAUCAUCAUCCAAUCGGAGGCCUCGGACAUCACCUCGGAGGAUUGGGUCAUAUAGGUCAUGUGGGUCAUUUGGGCCAUGGUCUUGGUGGUGUUGGAUACGGAAAAGCCUAUAUGGUUACCUAUUUCCGUAGAGCUUUCGACGGUUUGAGAGCAGCUGGUGGUAAAGGUAUUUUAACACCCAUAGCACAUAUCACAGGACACGGCAUUGGACAUGGGUUACACCAUGGGUUAGGCCAUGGAUUACACCAUGGGUUAGGCCAUGGAUUAGGCCAUGGUCUUCUGGGUCAUGCUGCCACAAGUGCAAUACCUGUAGGUGCUGCAGCUCUUAAAGGUGCUGGACAUCAUCUUGGUCACGUUGGAUUACCAUUUGCAGGCGCCGCUAAAGGAGGAUUAGGUGUAGGUGGACUGCCCUUCGUAGGAAAAGGAGUAGGAGGAAAAGGAGUAGGACAUAUUGGAGGAGGUCUGGGCGGAUUAGGAGCAGGUGGUAAAGGAUUUGGAGUAGGUGGAUUGCCCUUCGUAGGAAAAGGAGUAGGAGGUAUUGGAGGAGGUCUGGGCGGAUUAGGAGCAGGUGGUAAAGGAUUGGGAGUAGGUGGCUUACCGUUUGCAGGUAAAGGAAUCGGGGGUGUAGGAGUAGGUGGCUUGCCAUUUGGAGGUAAAGGAAUCGGAGGUGUAGGAGUAGGUGGCUUGCCAUUUGGAGGUAAAGGAAUCGGGGGUGUAGGAGUAGGUGGCUUGCCAUUUGGAGGUAAAGGAAUCGGAGGUGUAGGAGUAGGUGGCUUGCCAUUUGGAGGUAAAGGAAUCGGAGGUGUAGGAGUAGGUGGCUUGCCAUUUGGAGGUAAAGGAAUCGGAGGUGUAGGAGUUGGUGUACCUUUCGGGGCUAAAGGAAUCGGAGGAGUUGGUGUACCUUUUGGAGGUAAAGGAAUCGGAGGAGUAGGUCUUCCAUUUGGCGGUAAAGGAAUUGGUGGAAUAGGAGUGGGCGGUUUACCAUAUGGAGGCAAAGGCAUUGGAGUUUUAGGAGGUGUUCCACUUGCUAAAGGUGGUUAUGGACAUUUCGGACACCUACCUUUUGCUGCAGGAGCGAAAGGUGGUUUAGGCCAUCAUCUGCCAUUUGUCGGAGGAGCAAAGGGUGUAGGCCACCAUUUCCCAUUUAUCGGAGGAGUUAAAGGUGGUGUAGGCCAUCAUCUGCCAUUUGCAGGAAAAGGUGUCGUAGGCCAUCUCCCAUUCGUCGGAGCAGGCAAAGGUAUUGUAGGCCAUCUUCCAUUUGCUGGAGCUAAAGGCAAUUUAGCUCAUCUCCCUUACGUUGGAGGAGCUAAAGGUGGACCUUUAGUCGGACACGGAUUCAUUCAUACCCCUCACCCACUGUCGAUUGGAGUAACUGGUAAAUUACCAGUUAUUGGUGGAAGGAGUCUUUCCGUAAUCCCAUUAUUGGGAAAAAGCGGAUAG